AUGGAUGAACUUAAUGAAACAUUCAUAACACUUGAAGGACAUGUAGAGUUACAUAAAUACAAAUAUCUUUAUUUUGUAUUCAUGCUAACAGCCUAUGUUUGUAUUAUCAUCUGUAAUUUGACUAUUGUGUAUGUUAUAUGGAUGCACAGAAACCUCCAUGAGCCCAUGUACAUAUUAAUUGCAGCUUUGCUUCUGAAUUCCCUUGUUUUCUGCACUAAUAUCUAUCCAAAGCUGCUUUCAGAUUUCUUAUCUGAAAAGCAAAUUGUAUCAUAUUCAUAUUGUUAUAUUCAGUUUUUUCUUUUUUAUUCUUUAAGUGGUUCUGAGUUUUGGUUACUGGCAUUUAUGGCUUAUGAUCGUUAUGUAUCUAUAUGUAAACCUUUACAAUAUGCAACUGUAAUGGGACGAAAAACUGUAAGUAUUUUUCUGAGUUUAGCUUGGCUUGUGCCUGCUAGUGUGACUGGGGUCCAGGUAAUAUUGAGCUCCAAUAUAAAACUCUGUAAACUGAAUUUGAAUGGAAUACUGUGUAACAAUUCAAUAUAUCAUAUGUUCUGUGUGAGUUCAAAGGUGCACAUUGUAUUUGGUGCUCUUUCUGUAGCAGUGACUGCUUUGUUAUCUAUGCUUUUCAUAAUUUUUUCUUACACCAGAAUACUAAUAAUAGCCUUUCAGAGUUCUCAAGAAGUCAGAAAGAAAGCUGCUAAGACAUGCACACCUCACUUGUUAGUUCUGAUGAGUUUCUCCUGUUUAUGUGCAUUUGAUGUAAUCAUAGUCCGUCUGGGAUCAAACUUUACAAAAGUUGUUCGUCUAGUGAUGACUUUACAGGUGAUAUUGUAUCAUCCUCUUUUUAAUCCAAUCAUAUAUGGCUUGAAAGUGAAGGAAAUAUCCAAACAAUUGAAAAGGUUGUUUCAUGAAGUUUUAGUUUUAAAGUUGAAGAAUUGA